AUGAAUGGAACCAAUGGCCACCUUGGCCAGUCCUGGCAGGAGCACAAGACUGCAGAUGGAAGACCCUACUAUUACAACACUCUGACCAAAGUUACACAAUGGACGAAGCCAGAGGAUAUGAUGACGGCCGCCGAGCGCGCCCUCGCCAACCAGCCGUGGAAGGAAUAUACUGCCGAGGGCGGACGCAAGUACUGGUAUAAUACGGAGAGCAAACAAAGCUCCUGGGAGAUGCCAGAGGCCUAUAAGCGCGCUCUCGGUCACGAUAGCGGUCCCCCAACCCCCGCUGCGCCUGGCCCUGGGUACAUGACACCGACGUAUGAUCAGCCACGCGAACGCGAAGUGCUCCCCGAAGCUCGUCAACUCACCUACGGAAACGAUCCUCGCGUACAGUCCUUUGUACCUGCAAGCAACGAGCCCGAAUAUGCCACCGCUGAAGAGGCCGAGGCCGCCUUUACGAAGCUACUUCGCCGGAGUGGAGUACAAUCUGACUGGACUUGGGACCAGGCCAUGCGAGCCACCAUCAAGGACCCUCAGUAUCGCGCUAUCAAGGACCCAAAGGAUAGGAAAGCAGCAUUCGAACAUUACUGCCAAGAUGUUAUCAUUCAGGACAAGGAACGAGCAAAGGAGAGAAUGACCAAGCUUCGCGCUGACUUUGCGACCAUGCUGAAGAGUCAUCCAGAGAUCAAGCACUACACCCGCUGGAAAACAGCGCGACCCAUCAUCGAACGCGAAACCAUUUUUCGCUCAACGGACAACGACGACGAGCGCCGGCAGCUCUUUGAAGAUUACAUUCACGAGCUAAAGAAGGCUCAUGUCGAAACACAAGCAAGUCUACGUAAGAGCGCCAUGGAUGGUCUAAUUGAAUUGCUGCCGCAGCUCAAACUGGAGCCGUAUACUCGGUGGUCGGAAGCUCAAGGUCUACUCAAAUCGACUGCACCUUUCCAGAAUGACGGGAAGUAUAAGACCCUAAGUGAUUUUGAUAUCCUUACGGCUUUCCAAAACCACGUCAAGUCGCUGGAGCGCAACUUUAACGAAGCUCGGCAGAAUCAGAAGAAUAAGAAGCGUCGUAUCGAGCGAAAGCAUCGAGACGACUUUGUUGCCCUUCUCCAGGAGCUUCGAAGAGGUGGCCAUAUCAAGGCUGGCGCCAAAUGGAAGCAGGUUCUGCCGCUUAUCGAAAAUGAUGAACGCUAUCAGCUGGCUUGUGGCCAGAGUGGUUCGGCCCCAAUCGACCUUUUCUGGGACGUAGUUGAAGAAGAAGAACGUGCUCUCCGAGGUACCAGAAAUGACAUUCUUGACGUUAUGGAUGACAACCGCUUUGAGUUCACCCCCAAAACCACUUUUGAGGAAUUCUUAUCCGCCGUCAACAACGAUCGUCGAACUGCUAACAUCACUCGAGAAAUUUCAAUGCUCAUCUUUCAUCGUCUCCAGGAGAAGAAAUCCAAACGCUCCGAGGACGACAAGCAAUCUGAGCGCCAGCAGCGACGGGCUUUUGAUGAUUUACGUUCCUACAUUAAGCAUAUGGAGCCUCCAAUUCUACCAGAUGACACAUGGGAAAAGGUACGGCCACGACUUGUGCGAACUCCUGAAUUUCAAGCAGUUACCUCUGAAGAAUCCCGUCGUGGGGCAUUUGAAAAGGUCCUUCGCCGAGUACGAGAACGUGAGGAGGAAGACAGAGAUCGACAAAAGCGUCGAGAUCGCUCUCUUGAUCGUGGUACGUAUCGAGACAAGGAGAGAGGAGACAGAUCUCAUCGCAGUGAUCGUGCACGACCAUCACGACACAGUCGUAGUCCUGAACCCGACGCCUACGAAGCAGACCGCCGCAAGGCUAUUGCCGAAAGGGAGAAGAACUACCGUAAGUCAAGCAUGGCUGAGAGCUUACUUUCUGACCGCCGCACCUCGGAUUCUCAUCGAGAUCGUGACACUCGUGAAGGCCGUGACCGCGACCGGGAGAGAGAACGAGACCGGGAUCGCGAACGCGACCGUGAUCGCGACCGGGAGCGAGACAGGGAUCGGGAUCGGGAACGGGAACGCGACCGAGACCGCGACCGUGAUUACCGCUCCCGCCGGGAUGACUAUGCCCGAGAGCGGCGUGACAGGGAAGAGGAGAGAGAACGACUAUAUCGACGACGUGUUGAGCGUGGACCAGUCGAUGAACUCCCGUAUGGAGAUGAACGUCCUUCGUCAUCACGUCGUCGUAGGGAAGAAGACGAGGAACCAGAUCGUCGUGAUUCGAGAGAUUCCAAGAGACUGAAGAGAGAACGAACACCGCGUGAACGCUCUCCGCCACGCGAGAUUCGCAAACCCAAGACUCCCCCUCCUCCCGCCGUAGUGGCUGACGAAGGUAUCCACUCGGGUAGUGAAGAGGGCGAAAUUGAGGAGGACUAG